UCUGAGAAGAAAGGGAUAACAAGAGGCACCCCUAAUAAUCCUAUUGAAGGGUUGGUUAUGAAUGCCCAGCGCCCUUCCUCUCCUCCUCUUCUUCCUCCUCCUCCAUUGGGACCUUUCUUUUCCUCUUGUUUCUCUUUUCAUCCCUAGGAUUGAUUGACUCUCUGCUGCAGAGACACAGACACACAGAGAGAGAGAGAGGAGCCAAGAUGUGGCUGAAGCUCUUUUUCCUGCUGCUGUACUUCUUGGUCCUCUUCAUCCUGGCCAGGUUCUUUGAGGCCGUCGUCUGGUACGAGACCGGCUUCUUCACCACCCAGCUGGUGGACCCCGUGGCCCUGAGCUUCAAGAAGCUGAAGACCAUCUUGGAGUGCCGGGGCCUCGGCUACUCGGGGCUCUUGGAGAAGAAGGAUGUCAGGGAGCUGGUGGAGAAGUCGGGAGACCUCAUGGAGGGUGAACUUUACUCUGCCCUCAAGGAAGAAGAAGCCUCUGAAUCUGUUUCUAGCACAAACUUCAGUGGUGAAAUGCACUUUUAUGAGCUUGUGGAAGAUACAAAGGAUGGCAUCUGGCUAGUACAGGUCAUAGCAAAUGAUAGAAGCCCUUUAAUGGGAAAAGUCCAUUGGGAGAAAAUGGUGAAGAAAGUAUCAAGAUUUGGAAUACGGACAGGCACUUUUAAUUGCUCCAGUGACCCAAGAUACUGCAGGAGAAGAGGUUGGGUAAGAUCCACACUAAUUAUGUCAGUCCCACAAACUAGCACAUCCAAAGGCAAAGUGAUGCUUAAAGAAUAUGGUGGACGAAAAAUUGAGACAGAGCAUAUUUUCAAAUGGAUAACAGCCCAUGCUGCUUCUCGGAUAAAAACAAUCUUCAAAUCAGAGCACCUGAAAGAAGAGUGGAAUAAAAGUUAUCAGUAUAGAGUGAAAAUAUACCUGUUUGCUAAUUUAGACCAACCACCAGCUUUCUUCUCUGCACUAAGUGUAAAAUUUACUGGUAGAGUUGAGUUUAUUUUUGUGAAUGUAGAAAACUGGGACAACAAGAGCCACAUAGCAGAGCUGGGCAUCUAUAAGACCCCAUCCUAUAUACUUAGAACUCCUGAAGGAAUGUACAAGUAUGGGAAUAACACUGGUGAAUUUAUAUCCCUUCGUGCCAUGGACUCCUUCUUGCGUUCCUUACAACCAGAAGUUAAUGAUUUAUUUGUUUUAAGUCUGGUUUUAGUUAACUUGAUGGCUUGGAUGGACCUGUUUAUCACCCAAGGUGCUACUAUAAAGCGCUUUGUUGUUCUUAUAAGCACUUUAGGGACUUACAAUUCCCUCUUAAUUAUUUCUUGGUUACCAGUCUUGGGGUUUUUGCAGCUACCUUAUUUAGACAGCUUCUAUGAAUAUAGUUUAAAACUGUUCCGAUAUUCAAAUACAACAACCCUGGCUUCCUGGGUAAGAGCUGACUGGAUGUUCUACUCUUCACACCCAGCUUUGUUCCUCAGCACAUACCUGGGUCAUGGUUUAUUAAUAGAUUAUUUUGAGAAAAAAAGGCGACACAAUAACAACAGCGAUGAAAUAAAUGCCAAUAACCUUGAAUGGCUAUCAAGCCUUUGGGACUGGUACACUAGCUAUCUGUUCCACCCGAUUACUUCAUUUCAGCAUUUCCCCUUUGAAUCUGAUUGGGAUGAAGACCCAGAUCUUUUUCUUGAGCGCUUAGCUUUCCCUGAUUUGUGGCUUCACCCUCUGAUACCAACUGAUUACAUAAAGAACUUACCCAUAUGGCGGUUUAAUUGCCUUGGUGGGCAUUCUGAAGAGGAAAUGAUGGAACUCUCUCAAAGUGAAAGUGACUCAGACAGCGAAUGCAGAGAUGUCCCAAGUCACACCAGCGAGGUGUCGGAGGAUGAGCAAAGUACCCUUCAGAAUCCCUGUGAGGGAGAACCUUUGUGCAAUGCUGAGGCCUGUUCAUGUGCCAAAGCCAGGUCAUAUGGAUCAUCAAGUACUACAGAGGAUAUGGAGCCUGACUGGUCAGUUUGGCCUGUUGGUAUGCUACAUUGUACAGAAUGUGUUGUGUGUCUCGAGAAUUUCAAAAACGGAUGCCUAUUAAUGGGCUUGCCAUGCGGCCAUGUCUUUCACCAGAAUUGCAUUGUGAUGUGGCUAGUUGGGGGGAGGCAUUGCUGCCCAGUUUGUCGGUGGGCCUCAUAUAAGAAAAAGAAGCCAUACACACAUCAUCAGCUUUUGUCAAACCACAGCCCAUCUUAGCUGUGUGCUAAUAUUGCCCUUUGUAAUCUUCCUGCAUAUUUACUGCUUGCCAUUUAAAUGUUAGUCACAAACAGACCGUGUGGUUUGAAGUUUUAGUUUAAAUGUUAGUGCAGUGGAGUAAAAUAAACAUAAUGCUAAUGUCAAUGACAGAAUCAUUUGGUUGCCUUGUAUGUUGAAAUAAUGAAUACGUAUUGUACAAUUACUGUACAUUCUUCUUUUACAAUGUUUAGGCAGUCAAAAGUUGAAAUUUGGUUUUUUUGGUUUGCCUUUUUUUGCAAGCACAAAAAUCAAACAUUUGUCAGCAAAAGUAUAUUUCAACAAAUGUUUAACAGGAUAGCUUUAGGUGAACAUGGAAAUUUUAACACAGAAUAAUUGUUUUAUUUAAAUGUUUCUUCUUUUAGCUUUGUUCAGCACACCUCUGUUAAAUAAUGUAUGGUCUGUGAGAAUACAUUUAAAAAACAAAUCCAUGAAAAUAAAUUAUUUUAAAAGAAGAUUAGCAGUUUGUCAUAUUAAUCAUUCUAAUAAAAUUAUUUUGUACCAGU